AUGUCGGGGUACCAGGCCGCGCCGACGCCAGGACACAAGCUCACACUCUUUACGGGCCUCGACCAGAUCCAGUACCAGCCGCAAGAGGUAUCAUCCUUUGGCACGACCGCAUCUUCCAUGUACAAUCGCAAGUCGGACACGAUUCGACCACCGCUCGACGACCUCGUCGACAUUCGCGCCAAGCUCAACGCGCGCGCCAAGCACCUUUUGAGCGAGUGGCCAUCCACGGCGCUCUGCGGCAACGACAUCAUGUCCAGCGUCCUCUACUCGGCCGGUAUUGUCGCGCUAAAGGCCGGGAACCUCGCGCCCUUUUGCAUGGUCAUGGUGUCCUUUGUGCUCUACCUGUACCGCUUCAUUUACGAAGAGGUCGUGACGGCGAUCCCGAUCAACGGCGGGUCGUACAACUGCCUUUUGAACACGACCUCCAAGCGGUUCGCAUCGUUUGCGGCCGUGCUGAGCAUCCUCUCGUACACGGCAACCGCCGUCGUCUCCGGAACAUCGGCGUGCUACUACCUCCAGUUUGUGGUGCCCGAAUUGCCGGUCGUCGGCACGACCUCGGCGGUCGUCGCGCUCGUCAUCUUUGCCUUGCACGUUGUCACGCUCACGAUCCUCGCGGUCGCGAGCUUGGUCUACACGAUUCAACACCCGAGCAUUUUGAUUGACAAUUGGCACGCGCCGUACCCGCACGUUGACUUUGUCGGCUCGGUCGUCGACGGCAGCGUCGGCACAGCGCUCUUCUUUGGCUUUGCGGCGUCGAUGCUCGGCGUCACGGGCUACGAGACGUCGGCCAACUUUGUCGAGCAGCAGCAGCCCGGUAUCUUUCGCAAGACGAUGCGCAACAUGUGGGCGUUCUCGUCGAUCUUCAACAUUGUGCUCUCGAUCCUCUCGAUGGGGGUGCUGCCACUCUACGGCCCAAACGGCCUCAUCCACAACGCCAACACGGCCCUCGCCAACAUGGGCUUGGUCGCUGGCGGCCCGUGGCUCAAGUGGCUCGUCUGUGUUGAUGCGUUUUGCGUGCUUUCCGGAGCGGUGCUGACGGCGUACGUCGGUGGCAACGGCCUCCUCCGCCGUCUCAGCACCGAUCGCGUCCUGCCUCGGUUCCUCUCGCGCAAGAAUGCGUGGCGUAAUACGACGCACUGGAUCAUUCUGAGCUUCUUCCUCCUCACGUCGUCGCUGGUCUGGCUCUUGGAUGGCGACAAUGUCAUCCUCGGUGGUGUCUACACGUACUCGUUCUUGUCCAUGAUGUUUCUCUUUGCGGUCGGCUGCAUGGUGCUCAAGGUCAAGCGCCAGCACAUUCCGCGCGACGUCCGCGCACCGUGGUGGGUCUGCCUCAUCGGCGCCUCUUGCAUUUUCGUCGGGUACCUCGGCAUUGUGCUCGGAAACCCGUCGGUCCUCAUGUACUUUUUCUACUACGUGCUCGGAAUCGCGCUCGUCGUGUUUACAAUGCUAUCGCGCGUCACGCUUUUGCGCUGUUUUGUGUUUAUGGUCAAUAUUGUCACCAAUACGGGUGCCAAACCGACCGACACGGACGACGUCGCGAUGCUCACAGUGUACCACAAUCGGCAGCACGGCGUCCUUGGUGACCAUGGAGACGACGACGACGACGACAAUGAAGAUUUCGACCGGGAGACGCACGCGUGCGCCACCGCGCUCAUCCGCACGAUCAAGCGGGUGAAGGCCCAAGAAUACUUCUUCUUCAUCAAGACGCCGGACCUCAAGCUCAUGAACAAGGUGACGCUGUACGUGCGUGCGAACGAGCUCACGAGCCGCCUCCGGUUCGUGUACGUCUAUCCCGAGCCGACCGACGACGCGCUUCGGACGAUUGCGCUGUUGAAGGAGCGUGUCGACGUGAUUGACAACUUGUACACAAAGAUCAAGAUGGACGUGCUCACGGUCCGCGGCUGGUUUGAACCCGCGGUCAUUGUCUGGCUCAGCAAAGAGUUCAACUUGCCACCCAACAUGAUGUUUAUCAAGCAGCCAACGAAUAGCAUCUCGCACAAGGUUGUGCGUCGCGGCGUCCGCGUCAUUACGGGCUAA